AUGAUCAGCAGCAAUUCUUCCUCGACGAGUCUCAACGUGGAAACGGUUUUUUUUGAAUUCGUUGUUCUUAUCAACAAACACGUUCAUUUUGAUCAAAAUACAUUUUUUCGAAGUUUAUAAUUCUAAAAUUUUACUUUUCUUCUUUUCUUGCAAUUCAAAAAUCGCAUGUGCAAUAACGGAUCGACGCGUAAGCCUCCAAAACGGUUCUUCAACUUUUGCCCGACUUAAAACGACUUACGCUUCGGAAUCAAUCAGAUCAAGCUGUCCGAUGUCUACGUAUCUUUGAGUCAUUUUAAGUGCGACCUCAUCGAUUCACAAAAAAUCAAUUAUACUUUAAAAUUUUGUCUUCUUUCCUUUUUUUCGGUUUGAAUUGAAAAAAAAUUUUUUUCUCAAAAAUUCUAAAUGAUCCUAAAAAAAAAAUCUUAUUCUCUACUUUUCACAUCAAACUUUGUUCAGCGCAUCGACUCGCAGGAGAGCAUUUCGAGCCACGGAAAGAAGCCCCUUAAGGAGGGCUCUGUACAGCUGACGUCACUCUCGACGCUCCUCAGCCAUCAUCGUUACUUCUUCCUCUACCAUGACACUUUGAUCGUCUCGAAGCUAAAGUGACGGAAAUACCGAACAAAUCUUCCAACAACUGAUUUCGUUUCAGAGGCGCUUGCUCUUACAAACUGAAGGAGAAACUCCGGCUGGAGCGUGUCUGGAUCGCCUCCAGCAACACUGUUGACUCUUUUCUCAUCGGCUGGCCUUUCACCAAUUAUCUCGUCCAUUUCAGGUUUCUUUUUUACCCUUUUUUCAUUUUUGUUAAUGUUUCAGAAGUUUUCUGGGAGAUUUCUUAGUUUUCUAUAGUACCGUUCUCGAAGUCCUAAUCUGAUAAAAUUUCACAAUUUUAGAAAACUUACGUCUCGAAGUAGCAACGAAUCAUCUUUCCAGGUUAAUUAAGGCUUUGGAACAUUCGCUCUCAAAAAAAUAAAAAAAUAAAUAAAUAAAAAAAUUCGUUCAGGCCGCGAUUUUUCGGUAUUUCAAAUCAAACAGUACAUCAAAGCAUUUUCGGAAAAAUUCAAGUAAUUGUAGAAUUUUCAGUCAAACUUAUACUCUUUGUAAAAAAUGGAGAUUUCACAAAUUACGACGGAAACGAAUUUCUUACCAAUAUUUUCCAACUUUAGAAGCGCCGAAGAAAAAGAAGAAUGGUUUGAACUGUUGUCCUGCUGCGUCCAACAAUGCAUGCGUCCGCUUUGGACCACCAUUUCCAUGGACAUCAACGUUCGCGGCAGGAAGCAGGUUUUUUUUGUUUUGAAACCCCUCCGAAAAGCAACAUUUUGAAGACGAUCCGUCGACGAGUGGAAAACGGCAAGAAGAGCGGGGAAAUCGUGGUGGACACGGCCUGCGAUUUGGGCCUUCCCCACACGUCCUAUCAGUUGACCUUAACUGUCGGUCAGUCACUUUUCCAAUAUAUAUAUAUAUAUAUAUAUAUAUAUAUAUAUAUAUAUAUAUAUAUAUAUAUAUAUAUAUAUAUAUAUAUAUAUAUAUAUAUAUAUAUAUAUAUAUAUAUAUAUAUAGUUUAUUCACUGCCGUUAUUUAACAGAAAAAAAAAAUAAUUGAAGAAUAAAUGAUACGAUCUGUCUUUGAAGUAAAAAUUUUUUUAAAAAUUGAAUUUCAAAUAAAGUACCCUUGGUAGUGUUAAAAGGCGCCAAGUUGUUGCAUAACCUAGAAAAACACAUAGCUUAGCAUUCGUACUUAUUCUGUAUAGAAAAAACUCAUUUUGCCCUGUGAAGAUCAGUUUUGAGUCGUUUAUUAUUGAAAAAAUCACAAUGUUUUGGUAGGACGAACAUUAGAUUUGACAGUGCGGCUGAGAACAAAACUUGAUUGAACCAUCGAUUUCUCAGGUGACGGCUCCGGAAGGUCUCUUCAAGGUCCCGAGAACGUCUACGUCGUCGUCAUGAGCGAGAUCGAACGGCAGGGCUUACGGUAGGAGUCCACAGUUCUUUUUCCCACAAAUUGAGUCUCUAGAUUGUCCGAAAGUCAGAAAAAGUCUCUCGACACGUGUCCCAUCGCCAAUGCUCGUCUCACUUUGUCGACGAUCAAAUCGAACUCUGGACCUUCGGCGCGGCAAAUCGUCAAUAGCAUCAAGUGAGCCUUCGUCGAAGUACCGUAAUUCCGAAUCGUACAGUAACAUCAGGAAGAAAGUUUUGGCACGAGGCGACGGCCGCAGCAUCUUCGGCAAAGAACUGACGGGCCCGACGCCGCCGCAGCCGAUCAUGACCGUCGUGGACCAUCUCCGGAUGGACGGCUUCGACUCCGAAGGAAUCUUCCGGUUGGUUCUGAAUCUGGCAACACCGAUCCGAACGACGUCUUCAGCAAGUCUCCCAAGCAAAGCACCUUCAAAGAGCUCAAAAGUGAGCUGGACAAAGGCCUCGUUCCCGACUUCCACAAGUACAACACCCAUGUCCUGGCAUCUAUUUUGAAGGUUUUUCUGCUCCCUCAGAAACUUCCAAGGUUUUUGAGAAAUAUUGGAAUAUCUUAUAUUCAAGUUAAAGUCAAAUAUUUUUUUCACUCAAGUAGUUUUUGUCAGUAAUAAUCAGUUUUUUUAAAAAUGUAGAAAUUGAAAAAAAGUAAAAAAAGUUUAGCACUUAAUAAAGUUGAUCAACGAAGUUCGAAGACACUUCAGAACUGAAAUUCCAGCCUUUUGGCGUUUCGAAGCCCAAAAAUUGAAUAAAAUAUCUUUUAGAUAUAUCGAAAGUGGUCGAUUUCAGGAAUACUUGCGGAGCAUCCCUGGAAAGAUCUUGCUGAGCGGGAACUACGAGUUGUGGAUGCGCGAGGUCGCCGAUGAGCCCGAUCUCGAAAAGAAGGUCUCUACCCAAGAAGACGGAGUUCCAGACCUCCCACAGUUCAGAUCUCCUCGUGUCGAAGUCUCCUGUCGCACCUGCCGACCUCGCACUCGAUACUGCUGGCCAACGUGCUGAAGCUCCUCAACAAGAUUUCCAACUCGGAAACCUCCAAAAUGACCGCUUCUUCGUUGUCCGUCUGUCUGGCGCCGAGCUUCCUUGAAAGCCCAGGUCCGCUGUGUUUCCUUAUCAAAUUAACGGGCAAAUUGAGUUCAUUCGACUCAAAGGCUGGAACAAAAUAUUUGAACUGAAAAACAGCCUCAAAUUUCAACAAAAGAAGCUUUUUUUCUGAAUUAAACAUUUCUCAAUGAGUUGUUGAUGUUUUUCGUCACCAGAAAGAAAAUCUUUCAGCCAGUGGGGAGAACUUCAUAGGAGAAAUUUAUUGUAAGGCUACUUCAAAAAAAAAUUUAUAAUGAUACUUUUUUUGUCUCGCGACGCGAAAAAUGCGGCCAUCCUGAGGAGAAAAUCAAACGAGAUAUAUCAUAACACAGCUGUCAGAGACUCGAUACCCUUAUCACUCAUUAUCACGUAAUAUAAAACGGAACGGGCUGUUGUUGUUGGUUCGCGCCUUUCAUGGAUUCUCCCGCCGCGCAGACCAAUUUUGUUUGUCGACCGGCGAAUUCGCCCAAAAUGUGGGUCAUCCCGAAAUUUCGGUUGUUGCAACCAAACGUUUUCAAUUAGGUGGAUCGAGGCAAAGCUUAAGGACAAAUUGAUUGAUCGAGAGAAAAGAAAAGCAUCUCGCAGCUGUGAAAAAUAGUGAGAUUUCGUCACAAGAAAUGUUGCGAAGCUUUGGGAAGUCUAUAGUAUUCCACGCUUAGCUGCACUAACAACAUGUACUCCGUUCCUUGCAAACAUUAAUUUUGAAAGUUUAGUGACAAUUAAAAAAAACUUCUGGCAAAUUUGGGAAAAAAUUGAGCGAAAAAAGAGAAUUUAUAAAAAAAGAUAGUUUUGUGACUUUAUAAUUUUUGAAGUAUUCAGUACGGAGUGGCUUCACGGUUUUCAUCAUGACUCCUUUCAGAUUAGAACAAGCCAUAAUAAUUACAAAAUUUUUUUUUCCCAAAGUCGGAACUUUUAAAGAUUCACUCUUGUCCAUCACUGAUAAUAGAAAAAAAGGAGCAAAGUUCAUAUUUUGGUAAAACCAAGGAAGAGAAAAAUAAUUGUUAAAAGAAUCGUCCAUACAAAAAUAAUCAGGAUUGAAAUAUUAGAUGUAUUGAAAGUGAAAAAUGUACAGAUUCGGACCCGAUGGAAGGGGGAAAAAAGAUCCCGCCACUCAUCGAGUUCUUGAUCACCCACGCCGUCCAAGUCGUUCCUGGAUUCUCCACGGACAAUGUUUUUUCCAUCAUGAAGACGGUAACACCUUUUUUCUCUUUCUCUCUUGAUUCAUAAAGACUUCAGGUUGAUCACAACGCGAAUAUGGUCUGUAGUCCAACUCCAAGUUCUUCGCAUUCGGACGACGGUUCUCAGAAAACUCCGAUCAUCGAGGAGAUCAUGGGUUUGCUUUCAUUUCGAGUUCAGGAUCCAAAAUAUGUUAAUAAAACAAAAUUUUAGCUAUUUUUUCCUUCGUGAACUCCAUUUUUUUUUUUCAAAGCCCCGUAAAGUUAUGGAGUAUGACGGAACAAGGCCAUUGACAAUGUGACAGGACGCUAGUUGACCUGACCUCAAUGCCAUAUGUACUAUCAUGUAGGCGUGCCAAUGGCACGCCGCCUACUUGUAUUGUCACUCUUGCGCUCAGCACGCAUACCAACUGGCGGUGCUGAGUUGCUCUAAUAAAGAUCCAAGAGCAAUGUCGGUUCUACACACAUCUAAAUAACAUGUCAAGGCCCGGUGAAGCCUUGCGCGGUUAUAUGGAGGUACCACCGUAGAAUCCGGCUGCUUGGACUAAUUCACCUAUUCCAUCUGUUCUACCUCGUCCAUCAGCCGCCUGCAGAAGCUACCUUCUUCUGCAGGGAACUCGACCUAUUCUAUUCUGCUAGCAGUUUUCGCAUAUCGUGUUCGGGAUUCCAGCGAGGCUACAACUUUCUUCUGAAGCCGCUCCAGUGAAGCAGCGCACGAGUCCGGUCACAAGUAACGUCGACUCCUCCACAUUGACAAGUUUUUGAACUUUUUCACCGCGAUUUUGACCCCUUUGUUGGUACGCGAUACACGGUUGGGAUGGUGGGAUGUGUAGAGUGAUAUAUAUCGCCUGGCCUGUGAGCCCUUUUUCUCGUCGAUGACGACUUCAAUCGCUAGUUCAAUUGUGUUGAGAGUUUUUCCGUGCUUGUCUCGUUUUAUUUUUGUUGUAAGCCCCCGAUGUAGUUUACAAAAACUCUUUUCUUCGAUUUCCUUUUUCUCAUUCAAUCUUUGACCGGAUACGUCCUUUACCUUGUCUUUUGAUUGGGUUCCUAGAUAAAUAAGUGACGUAGGAAUCGUUGUAUAAGAGUCUGCUAGUGCUUAGAAUUGUGUUGUAGAACUGAUUUAGAGCGCAAUUGUCCUCUUGCGUUAAUAUCUGUAUUUUUUGUUAGACCGUCCUUGAUUGCCUAGUCCUUAAAAGUUGUCUUAGUUUCACUAAUUCACGCUUCGGGACGAAGCUUUCUUGGAGCGGAGGGAUGUGACAGGACGCUAGUUGACCUGACCUCAAUGCCAUAUGUACUAUCAUGUAGGCGUGCCAAUGGCACGCCGCCUACUUGUAUUGUCACUCUUGCGCUCAGCACGCAUACCAACUGGCGGUGCUGAGUUGCUCUAAUAAAGAUCCAAGAGCAAUGUCGGUUCUACACACAUCUAAAUAACACGUCAAGGCCCGGUGAAGCCUUGCGCGGUUAUAACAAUCCGAAUCUUUUUUUUUGGAAGUUUGGUAGAUGUUCAAAAAAUCUGAGAAAGUUGAGAUGAAAGUUCUACAUAGUACGCUACAAAACUCAAAAAUCUGCUAAAAUUAUUUUUGAGGUUGCGAAAUAUGAUUUUAAGCCGAUUUCCGCGGCGAAAGAAAAUUUCAAAAAUGACAUAAGCAAAAAAAAGUUUUUUUUUUACUGAAACUCAUUUUUUUUCAAAGUUUUUUACUUCUAUUUUAUCCUGUUUUCCUAUUUUGAGCUUUUUUGAUCCGUUCAGCGUUUCUUUAUCGACAUUUUUUCCAGACGAGUGCGCCUCACAGUCGAGCCUGGCGGAAAGCGAGCUGCCAGAAGAACCUCGAAGUUCGACCCAUCUGGAGACGAUCUCCGAGAUGACGGAACCUCUGGGAGAUGAACGGCUCAGCUUCUCCGACUCCGAGGAUUCGGAUGACGAAGAAAUUCUCCGACGACAUCCCAACUUCCGGUCGUUCUCCUCGCGGACGUCGUUCGUGUCGGAGACGUUGCGGAGCUCGACGGAGGAGAUGGAGCGGACGACGCCCGUCGUUUCCACCAAAAUCGAGAAGACAGACACGCCGCGCUCGCCCUGUCUCAAGCGGAUACACUUUCAGCGAACUGAGGCUCAGCAUAGGAACAAGGUUGAGUCCACGUCGCCAACAGCCCUCAAAGAAAUGUCUUCAGGAAGCCUCUACACUAGAAGCGCUGAAGCUGCAUCGUCCAGGAAGGAAGAACUCACUGGAAGAAGUGGCACGCAAGAAUUCGGCGGAGUCGAUCCUUUCCUCGCGACUCGACGACUUCUCAUCGGCGACGCCUUCUAGGAAGGAAUCGAGGGAAGAGGCGACGCAGACGUCGGACUGCGGCCUUCCUUCCAUCUCUGAAAGAUUUCCCGCCUUCCGGAGCAACGCCGCCCUCAUCGAGGAGGUUAGACACGUCUUUUUAUUUAUAGUCAAGCGUUUUCGUUAGCUCCAAAUUGCUUUGGUCACUUUGAACAUGAUUUUAGGUUCUUCAGAAUCGUAGGAAAUCGUGGAAAAAACCGAGAAUAUCCUCCGUCAAAGUACAAGGAAACACUAAUAGUUUUUUAUUAAAUUCAGAACCUCAACGAAAUUUUGAAAACAGAGCUUAAAUUUACUCAACUCACUGUUGGCUUGGGACACAAAUUACUAAAUAGCCUAGAACUCUUCAGUUCACAAGUUUUUUCGCUAAUCAUUUUAAACCUUGUUCAUUUCCAUCCAGCAGUGAACAAAGUGUUGACGCUUUUUUUUUCUCAUUUUCCCAUCUCUCUUUCUGUUUCCUUUUUCUCUGAGAGCUAGUGCACGCUAUCACCUUUCCGCGGCCUCUAUUGCGAGCAAACUUCACCCAACGCCAUCAGUCAUUCUGGCCGAGUGGUCUAAGGCGCUGCGUUCAGGUCGCAGUCCUCUUCGGAGGGCGCAGGUUCGAAUCCUGCGGAUGACAUUCCUUUUUGCUCUUUCGGUUGUAAUCAGAUUCAUUUCAGGCAUCAAGUUCUCCAAAAAACGGAAGCCCUCCAGUGCCGGCAGAUCCAGCCCCGACUGUUUUUUUCGAAAACGAUGUUCCAAAAGUAGAACACGUACUGAACAAGGACAACUUGGUGAUGGAGAAGGAUUUUCGGCCUUGUUACAGGAACGAAGAGCAACAAACGAUGCCAACAAAGCCAACAGUACAAGUAUUCAGGAAUAUUUUUGAGGAGGUGAUUAAAAAAAGUUUCAGGUUGCGCCAUUCUCCCAAGAGCCGUCUUUGAAGACGAUAAAUGAACGUUUGGCAUCGCUGAGGCUGAAUUGUCUUCAGGAUCGAGCGGAGAGUCAGCGGUCAGAGAUUUUCCUCAUUUUCUCAUUUCGAUUUAUUCAACAUGUUGCAUACUACGCCCUUGAAAAACUAAGAAUUGAAAAGAAACAAAAAUAUCAAUUGAAAUAUAGUAGUUGAGACGUGAUGAAAAUCAACCCUUUCUGCUUUCCAAGCAUUUUUUUUUCUGCAUUACAAUAGUUUUCUCACGUCUGGUUUUCUGUUUUAGGGCGUGCGGAAACCAGAUAAAUCAAAAUAAAAACCUCAAACCGCAUUUGCAUGUGCAUGUAUCGAUUUGUCUUGAGAUUUCCUCUUUUAUUCUUUUUUGAAUUAAGAAGUUGACUUUUAGGAAUCAGCGAAAGUCGUACAUCCCGCCAGAGCCGUACUAUUCGGCGCCGAACGUCUCCAGAGGCCUGCCGACGUCGUCAAGCUUCGAGCCUUCAGAAUCGCCGUCGCUGACGAGAAGAUUCCGAAGAGACGACGUCGCUCGAAGUCUCACAAACAGUCCGAUCAUGGCGCGGAGCACGCCAGUCAGCAAUGACUACCAAAUUCCGUACCAACAUCUUCAGGAAGGUUUGUGAUCAGGACACAGAUAGUUUGAUCAUCUUCUUCAUUUGGCGCACAAUCUUUCUUUUAGUUGUUUUCCCCAAUUCUCCUUCAAGAACAUUUUAAAAACCCGAAAAUGAGUCGAAAAUGCAGGAGCAUCGAAUGUGUGCCAAAUGAUUUCUUUUGGUAUAAAAUUUUUAUGUUGACUCAGGAAAACAUCGAAAACUCUUCAGAAACGAUUCGAAGGGGCAAUCGGAAGGUGGAACUGCAGCGAUCGUCUUCACAUCGCGGAGCAGCGCCGUUUUCUCAGGCUAGAGACGUGCACAGGUGAAUUGAUGUUGCAGUAACUUAAGAAGACAAUUUUUUUGUGACAGUCUGAAAACUAGAAGGAAAGAGCGGCACCAUUUUGAAAGGAGUUUAAAAAAGACAUUGUCCUCUCUGGCUUCUCUCUAGGUUACCCCUGCUCUCUCGUUUCCGCUUUUUUGAACUGUUUUUCGAACUCAUUUUUAUUUUAUUUCAUAUUUUGAAAAUCAGUGGUCCAUUGUGAACAGAUGUUGGGCUUUCCGUAAACCUCAUAGACGAAGAGCUUCAGAGCCUCGUCGGUGAAGGCGGGACGGCGCUUUGAGAGGGCGACGGACGCCUGUGUAGGCAUGGACCCUCUGGAGAUCAACUGGAGCGUCCGAAAACUCAAGACGCUUUUCCAGGACACCAAGGCGCCUGCGAUAGACACCGACUACACACUCGCCUAG